GCGUCCCGCCCCUGGCCCUCUUCCGCGAGGACCCCGCUCGUCCCGGCUCUGUCACCUCACAGUAGUCGUUGCCGGUGGCGGGCGGGGAGCGCGAGCGGCGUGGGGCUGCGAGCAGAGCAGGACCGCCUCUUCCCCGCCCUUCAGGCCGGGCCCGGGCUCGGUCCCCCCGCGCUCCUUCCGCUCCCCACCCCGGUGGGUACGGGAAGGUCUCGGCCGCUGCCGGGUGCCAGAGGGGCUUCGUGGCCGCGGCCGCCACGGGUCCCGAUGGAGCCGUCGAAUCUCUAUCCGGUGAAGCUCUACGUGUACGACCUGUCCAAGGGCCUGGCCCGGCGGCUCAGCCCCAUCAUGCUGGGGAAACAACUGGAAGGCAUCUGGCACACCUCCAUAGUUGUACACAAGGAUGAGUUCUUCUUUGGCAGCGGUGGGAUCUCCAGCUGUCCCCCGGGAGGGACAUUGCUUGGGCCCCCAGACUCUGUGGUUGAUGUGGGGAGCACAGAAGUCACAGAAGAAAUCUUUCUGGAGUACCUGUCCUCCCUGGGGGAGUCUCAGUUCCGAGGCGAGGCCUACAACCUCUUUGAACACAACUGUAACACCUUCAGCAAUGAAGUGGCACAGUUCCUGACCGGGAGGAAGAUCCCUUCCUACAUCACUGACCUUCCCUCUGAAGUUCUCUCCACCCCCUUCGGACAGGCCCUGCGGCCCCUCCUGGACUCCAUCCAGAUCCAGCCUCCUGGAGGGAGCACCAUGGGCCGACCCAACGGUCAGAGCUAACAGGACUGCAUGGGACCGCCCUGCCUCCCAGGGCUUUCCUUUUUAAACAAAACAAACCCGACCAGAUUUCUAUUUUAUAAUUUUACAUCAGAGCUAACAACCAGGGGACAGCUUUUUAAAUUUCCCAGGGAAGGAGAUCAUCAGGCUGCAUGUAGGACAAUGCUGCUAAGAACAGAACAAAAUGCCAUCCCUUUGAAAGUAUUAUACUAAUUUAUUAAGGCUG